UGUCCGACGAACGGUCACAUUAGACAAGGGCCAAGAUCGGACGAACCAAAAGAAGCAACAAAAAAAAAAGAGAACGAAUAAAUAAAAACAAAAGAGGGACAGAAAAAGCGCAAAAUCAACAGAAAAGAAAAGUAAAGAGCAAAAAUUUCAAACCAAAUCGGAAGACCCCACAGGCAGCACCACGUGAUUUGUGACACGUAUGGAGCGGAGGAUGAAUCUGUCUUUCGCCGGCUGCGGCUUCUUGGGCAUCUACCACGUGGGCGUGGCCGUGUGCCUGAAGAAGCACGCGCCCCAGCUGCUCCUGGAGCGGAUUGGUGGCGCCUCGGCCGGAGCACUGGCCGCCUGCUGCCUGCUCUGUGACCUGCCGCUUGAGACAAUGGCCGCCGACUUCCUGCGGGUGGUGGGCGAGGCACGUCGUCACCCGCUGGGUCCCUUCAGUCCGUCGUUCAAUCUGCAGAGAUGCCUGCUGGAGGGGAUGCAGCGCGAAUUGCCCGAAGACGCACACCGGAGGGUCAGCGGGCGCCUGCAUAUCUCACUGACGCGUGUGCGGGAUCGGUGCAAUGUGGUGAUGUCAGAGUUCGGGUCGCGCCAGGAGCUGCUCCAGGCCCUGCUCUGCUCCUGCUUCAUUCCGGGCCUCUCCGGACUGAUACCGCCACAGGUGCGGGGCGUCCGCUACAUGGACGGCGCCUUCUCGGACAACCUGCCGCUGCUGGACGAGCACACGGUCACGGUGAGUCCCUUCUGCGGGGAGAGCGACAUCUGUCCGCGGGACCGCAGCUCGCACCUGUUCCACCUGAACCUCAACUGGGCCAACACCUGCAUCCGCAUCUCGCGGCCUAAUCUGCGACGCAUGAUGCGCAUCGUACUACCGGGCCGGGCCGAGUUCCUCUCCUCCUUUUGCCAGCAGGGCUACGACGACGCCCUGUACUUCCUCAAUCGCAACAAUCUCAUCGGACGCCUGCAGGAGUGGGACCAGUGCCAGGAGCACCAUCUGCCGCAGGCGGUGCGCGACACCAUCGCCGGCUACGGCUACACGGAGCAGGCCAAUAAGGAACUCGGUCGGUGGCUCUCACAUCCGCAGUCGGGCAUACACCUAUUCUGCAUGCCCUCCGCCCUGCUCAGCGCUGUCGCCAGACUCGCUCCGCCGCUGGCCAGUCAAAUCGUCCGAAUGAUCGGACGGCGCCUCAGCCGCUCGCUGACGUUAUGCGAGCAGCCGCACUUUGAUCUCGGCCUGCUGAUGAUGCACUGCAACUCUGUAGUUCCGAAGCCGCCGCCUCCACCACCACCGCCGCCGACGCCACGGACUCGGACACGACAGUCAAGCGAUAACGUUGACACCGGUAGAAUCAAGUUUCCACAAAUAUUGGACUCCGAGAAAUGGGAGCGGAAUAAGGGUCACUGUGAGCGUAUACGAAGCUCUGUCUCUGCCUCUGUCUCCCACCCGACACAAACCUCGCCAGAAUAGACUAGGACUCCAAUCGAUUUAUCAGUGAUGUGAUCUCUAACCGGGGGUUAAAGGAUUUCUCAAGUUUUUUUUUGUUUUAUAUUUUCUGUGAUUAUCCGGUUUCGAGUAUGUACAUAUGUAUGUAUCUCUUCCUCUUUCUCUCUUUUCUAGUACAACGAGCAAAUGUGCAAAGAAGAGCAACAAAUUGCUGACUGCUUGCUGUGAAACUGCUUGGAUAUGAUAGUUGUAUGUACAUACAUAUGUACAUAUGUGUAUAAUAAUUUGUAUUGAUUCUCAAUUCUGUGCUCGAGGGGAAAGCUCACUGCUGUGACACCAUAAAAUAUGAAUAAAGAAAAAU